AAACCAAAGGAAGAAAAGGUUGCACAAUCGUAGCCAGAGUGGAGAGGUUGCAUCUCGCCGAGUGGACCAAGCAAGCCCAAGUGGUAAGUCACCGCACAUAUGCACUGAGUGCGGGUAUCAGACCUUCGAAAGGUAUCGCCUUGUAGAACACAUGAACACGCACUCGGGAGUGAAGCCAUAUAAGUGUGACCACUGCGACUUUCGGACCGCUUGGAAAAGGAAGCUGGCUACACACAAGGCUAGGCACACUGGGGAAAACCCCUACGUGUGCGGGGAGUGUGGCUACAGGACGGCUGACAAGUUCAGGCUGUUCAGUCACAUGAAGACUCAUUCGGACGAGAAGCCGUACAAGUGCGACCUGUGUGACUUCUGCACGGCGUGGAAAGCAAACUUGCUCAUACACCGCACGAAACACAACGGAAAGAAGCCCUACACGUGUGAGCGGUGUGAAUACAGGACGGCCGACAAGUCCACCCUCACAAAACAUAUGAAAAGACACUUGCUGUACUCUUGCAGUCUGUGCGACUUCUCUGCAACCGGAAAAAGAAGUUUGGAUCGGCACAUGCACACACACAACCCAGAGGGAAGGAAGCUCUACCGGUGUGACCAGUGUGACUUUUCGACACCUUGGAGGCCGCGUUUGCGUGCGCACAAACUCAAACACACCGGCGAGAAACCCUACAUUUGCAGCCAGUGCAGCUACAGCACAGCCGAACGGUCCAACCUCACCCAGCACCUGAAAACACACAAACGAGAAAAGCCAUACAAAUGUGACCACUGUGACUUUACCACGGCCUGGAAGCAAAGCUUGGAAGCACACGUCACCAAACACACCGGCCUUAAACCCUACAUGUGUGGGGAGUGUGGACACAAAACAGCUAAGAAAUCCCACCUCUUAGACCACAUGAAAAUUCACACCGGGGAAAAGCCUUACAAAUGUACUCACUGUGACUACCGAGCAUACAGGAAGGGAAACGUGACCAAACAUAUGAUUAAACACACUGACGAGAAGCCCUAUAGUUGUGGUGAGUGCGGGUUUAGGACAGCUAUUAAGGCCAGUCUCACCAGACAUGCUAAAACGCAUACAGAUGACAAGCCUUACAAGUGUGACCAGUGUGAAUAUGCGGCCAUUAGGAAGCUUUGUCUGAUGAGACACAUUAAAAAACACUUUCCGACGGAAGAGAAGCUGUACAACUGUGUUCUGUGAUUUUGCAAUGCUUUAUUUGCAGGAGAAAAAAAACAUUAAAAAACACCUUCCGACGGAAGAGAAACUGUACAACUGUGUUCUGUGACUUUUGCAGUUCUUUAUUUACACCAGAAGAUAGAAAAAUCCAUGCAAAAAUCUGAGCUUCAAAAUGCUCUGUAUCAAAACAACAAUCAUUGACUA